AUGGCUUGCCGCUCGCGUCCUCGAGACUCGAGGGGUGACUCGUCUUCCUCAACCUCCCCGGAGCGGGCCAUCGAUGAAGACAAUGAUUUCUUCAUGCUCGAGGCAAACGACUCACAGUCGUCGAUAGGAGUUGGCAAUUUCCGAGACCUCCGCGUGGACUCUAGACGAGACCGGGAUAUUCCACUUCCACCGAUAUAUCGGCUACCUCCAGAGAUACUCAUUGCUAUAUUCUCGAGGCUUUCGGCCCCUUUGGACAUGUUAAAUUGCAUGAAAGUCUCGUCGAACUGGGCAGUGAAUUGUGUGGGCAUACUGUGGCACAGACCACUCUGCAAUACAUGGGAUAACCUACUCAAAAUAGCACACUCGAUCUCGGACGAAGACAGCUAUUUUCCAUACUACGAUCUAGUCAAGCGUCUCAACCUCACUACCCUCAAGGGCAAAGUCAACGAUGGAACAGUCUUUUCGUUUGUCAAGUGCAAACGCAUCGAGCGAUUGACUCUUACCGGAUGCAAGAAUGUGACGGACAAGGGUAUCUCAGAUCUAGUGGAAGGGAACCGUCAACUCCAGGCAUUAGACGUUUCCGAUCUCGAAUCCCUGACCGAUCACUCUUUGAACGUUGUGGCUGGAAACUGUUCCAGGUUACAGGGUCUAAACAUUACCGGGUGUGCAAACAUUACGGAUGAGUCUUUGGUGAACCUUGCACAAAGCUGCCGCCAACUCAAGCGGUUGAAACUAAACGGUGUCGUUCAACUCACGGACCGAUCCAUUCAAGCAUUUGCUAGCAAUUGCCCCUCUAUGCUCGAGAUCGACCUUCACGGUUGUCGACAUAUCACUAACACUUCGGUCAUUGCCAUUCUUUCCACAUUGCGAAACCUGAGGGAACUACGUUUGGCCCAUUGUAUCCAAAUCACCGACGAUGCCUUCCUGAAACUUCCCGAACACAUAAUCUUCGAUAGCCUCCGAAUUCUUGAUCUUACCGCUUGCGAGAGAGUCAAAGAUGAUGCUGUCGAGAAAAUAAUCGACUCUGCACCCAGACUGAGGAAUCUUGUGCUCGGGAAGUGCAAGUUUAUCACAGAUCGUGCUGUCCAGGCUAUCUGCAGAUUAGGAAAGAAUAUUCACUACAUUCACCUUGGCCAUUGCUCUAAUAUCACAGAUGCGGCGGUCAUACAGAUGGUGAAGUCGUGCAACCGGAUUCGCUACAUCGACCUGGCCUGCUGCAACCGUCUCACUGAUACAAGUGUGGAACAAUUGGCAACACUUCCAAAACUACGGCGGAUAGGCCUAGUCAAGUGCCAGGCGAUCACUGAUCGAAGUAUACUGGCGCUAGCAAAGCCUAGGUUUCCACAACAUCCAUUAGUCAGUGGCCUCGAGAGAGUACAUUUGAGCUACUGUGUCAAUUUGACCCUGGAGGGAAUACACUCUCUUCUUAAUUACUGUCCGCGACUAACUCACCUGAGUUUAACUGGUGUCCAUGCAUUUUUGCGGGAAGAUUUAACCGAAUUUUGCCGCGAUGCCCCAGAAGAAUUUACUCCUCUUCAACGAGAGGUAUUCUGUGUUUUCAGCGGUGACGGAGUUGGACGACUGCGAGACUUUCUUAACCAUUCUGCCCUUCGAGGGCGAGAAGGGGCAGCGGUAACCAUGUACGAUGAUGAUGAAUCUCCUGACGAGGUCGACAGUCAGCCAUCAGUAACCGGACUCCUGAAUGCUGCGGCUAUUAAUGAGGGAGAUGACCACCCGAUGGCAGGACCGCAACACUAG